AUGCUUUCCAGAACGUCAACGGCGCCAAAAGGGGGCCAAAAGAAUGUCACCUUCACGCGGAGAUAUGUUGAAGGAUUAAUCUCAGAUGGAAAAACUAUUAUUAUCUUUGAAGGCAAAGUACUAAAGGUUGAUGCCUGGUUGAAGUUCCAUCCUGGCGGGGAGAAAUCCAUUCUUCAUAUGGUAGGCAGAGAUGCCACUGAUGAAAUCAAUGCGCUACAUUCGGCGCAAACAAGACAGAGAAUGCAAAAUUAUUGUAUCGGACGAAUUGAAGGUCCUUGGAAGAACUUUAUACCUCCGAUACAAGGCGGUAUAUUUAAAAAAUAUGAUGAUAAAACUAUAGAUACAGACGAAGAGUUACAAUAUUCACCAUCCAACUUUAGUCGCUCUAGUAGCUCUGAUAUCUCAGGACAGUCCUCGUCUGUGUUUGACGACGAUGACCUAAAUAUCCGGCUACGUAAACAAUCACCGAAUUCCUCCCAUUCAUCAAUAAGCUCCCUUCUUGAGUCUCCGAAAGAUAUAUCACACAUGGAUUACCUCACAAAAGAAAUGAUAGAUUUAGAUCUUGCCAAAUAUCCGUCUUUAGAUCCUGCUACACAGUGUGAAGUUGUUCGAAAGUACCGCGAACUACUACAGAAACUUCAUGAAGAGCAUUUAUUCGAUUGUAAUUAUAGAAGUUAUGCCAUUGAAGCUGGUCGGUAUGGACUCCUACUUUCUGCCAUGUUAUUAUGUCUACAGAAUGGAUGGUACGCUAUUAGUGGGAUUUUUCUCGGGCUUUUAUGGCAUCAACUCGUCUUCACUGUACAUGACGCAGGCCAUAUGGGGAUCACUCACAACUUUACGCUAGACACUGUGAUUGGAAUUUUAAUUGCAGAUUUUAUUGGAGGCCUGUCUUUGGGAUGGUGGAAACGAAAUCAUAACGUUCAUCAUAUUGUGACCAACUCACCGGAACAUGACCCAGAUAUUGAGCACCUCCCUUUUUUCGCAAUUUCUCACAGAUUCUUACAAUCUCUAAGGUCUUCCUUUUACGAGAGGAUAAUGUGUUAUGACGCUUUUGCACAAUUUGUCAUUCCUUAUCAAGCCUACUUAUACUAUCCACUUCUAACCUUUGGUCGGUUCAAUCUUUACUUCUUGUCUUGGGAAUUUCUCCUUCGAGGCUUAGGUCCCAAAAAAGGACCUGCUUGGUGGCAUCGAUGGCUCGAGCUUGUGGGACAAGUAUUCUUUUGGUACUGGUUUGGAUAUGAAAUUUUGUACAAGUCUAUCCCGAACAUUUCGAGUCGAAUUGCCUUCUUAAUGCUCAGUCAUAUGGUGACUAUGCCAUUACAUGCACAGAUAACUCUGUCCCACUUUGCUAUGAGUACCGCGGAGCUUGGUCCUCAAGAAUCUUUUCCACAGAAAAUGCUUCGCACGACAAUGGAUGUCGACUGUCCCCAAUGGCUUGACUUCAUACAUGGUGGUCUUCAAUUUCAAGUAAUACAUCAUUUAUUCCCUCGAAUGCCAAGGCACAAUCUUCGACGUACUCAAAAGCUUGUGCAAGAGUAUUGUUCAGAUGUGGGGAUUCCUUAUGCCCUUUACGGCUUUGUCGAUGGAAGUAAACAAGUAAUUGAUCGCUUAGAAGAAGUAAGCAGACAAGCUGCCAUUAUAUCAAAAUGCCAGAAGACUCUUUUCGAAAAAGGUAGCUCUUUUCACCUAUGA